AUGUGUUGCGUGUUUGCAGCCAGCCACUCAGACGAGGGGUCGGAUGUGGACUCGGAGCCUGGCCUGCCACUGAAGAGGAAACAGCGUCGCAGUAGGACCACCUUCUCAGCCGAGCAGCUGGAGGAGCUGGAGAGAGCCUUUGAACGAACGCACUACCCAGAUAUAUACACCAGAGAAGAGCUAGCUCAGAGGGCCAAACUCACAGAGGCCAGAGUACAGGUUAGUGAAGACAAAAACACACACACACACACACACACUCACACACAAGUACACAAGUACACAAACAUGGGCAAGCAUAUACAGUACACACACACAUGGACAGGCAGGCAUGCAUACAUGCUCAGACGCACGCACGCACACACACACACACACACAUUAUGGAGGUCUUUGUCCACAGUCCCAUACACCCCCUCCAGACAUCAGUCACAUGAGUCAGCUGUACACACACGCACACACACACACACACACACACACACACACACACACACACACACACACACACACACACACACACACACACACACAGGGCCCUACUGUGUCUUCAGUUAUGAGAGUUUCCUUUUUUGACCUGUUUUGUAAAAAAUAUCCAUACAAAUAAACUAAAAUAGAAGCCUGAAUUAGAAAGUCUUUAUUAAGAUAGAUAAAGUGAUUUCAUUGGUUUAUGUGCUUAAUUUAGACUAGUCUCUAUGUAAACCCAUGACUGAGUUAGACAAAGAGGUGAUGUCACUGUGGUUUCACUGGGCUCCAGAUGUUCAUACUGUAUCUCUAUGUCUGUUCUGCUUGAGGCUACAGCGCAAAUACACAUACACACACAAUGAAUACUUUCACAUAGGCAUGCCUAUUCGCACGCACACACACGCACACACACACACACACACACACACACACACACACACACACACGUUUAAAUUCACACACAAUGAAUAAACACGUAAGCAUGCCCAUACACAUACACACACGCACGCACGCACCACACACAAUAUUUUCUAUUUUUCACAAUAAUACAUAUUUCAUUUUUUUAGGUGUGGUUCAGCAACAGGAGAGCCAGGUGGAGGAAACAGGCAGGAGCCAAUCAGCUGAUGGCAUUUAAUCACCUGAUCCCUGGCGGUUUCCCUCCUUCUGCCAUGUCGAGUUUGCAGCCCUAUCAGCUGUCAGACAGCCCCUACCCUCCCACCUCCAUAUCACAAAGUGAGCACAACUUCACCUUCUAUUUCUUUCUAUGAUCUUGUUUUAUAUGUGCACACCAAAGCUCAUCUACAAAUCAAAUUUUACAUUUACAUUUUAGUCAUUUAGCAGGCGCUCUUAUCCAGAGCAACUUACAGUUAGUGCAUUCACGUAGGGGUGGGGGUGCCAAGAGACCAGAGGUGGCAGAAGAGAGUUCUCGGGUUGGGUUGUAGGGUUUGAGCAUAGCCUGAAGGUAGGGAGGGGCAGUUGCUCUUGCUGCUCCGUAGGCAAGCACCAUGGUCUAGUAGUGGAAAUGUUAUUUGUCACAUGCUUCGUAAACAACAGGUGUAGACUAACAGUGAAAUGCUUACUUACGGGCCCUUCCCAACAAUGCAGAGAUAAUAAUAAUAAAAUUUUAAAAAAUGGUAACUGGAAUAAAUACACAAUGCGUAACGAUAACUUGGCUAUAUACACAGGGUACCAGUACCGAGUAGAUGUGCAGGGGUACAAGGUAAUUGAGGUAUAUAUGUACAUAUAGGUAGGGAUAAAGUGGCAACAGGAUCGAUAAUAAACAGUAGUAGUAGCAUAUGUGAUGAGUCAAAAGAGUUAGUGCAAAAAGGGUGAAUGCAGAUAGUCCGGGCAGCUAUUUGGUUAACUAUUUAGCAGUCUUAUGGAUUGGGGUUAACCCCCCCGUUGUCCUAGGGUCAAAAUGACCCGCCACUGUGUUGAACCAACUUUAUUUAAUUUUUAUAUUUUUGGGAUCAUUUGUGAGAAGGAGGCAGUGAGACUUUAAAGAAAGUAUCACUGCCUCCUUCUCACAUAUGAUCCAAAAAAUAUAAAAAUUAAAUAAAGUUGGUUCAACACAGUGGCGGGUCAUUUUGACCCUAGGACAACGGGAGGGUUAAUCUGUUCACAGUCCUGUUGAUUCCAGACUUGGUGCAUCGCUACAACUUGCCGUGCGGUAGCAGAGAGAACAGUCCAUGACUUGAUGUUUUUGGACUCAAAAUCAAUAGCUAGCAGGAAGUCCAGGCCGCAUUUAUAGUACGAAGAUCGAAAGCUAGCGAGCGAGAGAGCGCGAGAGCGAGCGAUCGAUAGAGCGGCAGACGAGCGAGAGAUAGAGAGAGAGAUAGAGAAGAGAGAGAGCAGUCCCUAGUCGGAUAGCUAUAUUCUCUCGUAUUCGCCUUUCGCCUCUUCUCUCUCUAUCUCUUCCUAUCUCGAUCUCUCUCUCUCGCGCGCGCUCGCUCCUCUCGCUCUCUCUCUCUCGCUCUCUCUCUCUCUCUUUCUCUCUCUCUCUCUCUCUCUCUCUCUCUCCUCUCUCUCUCUUCUCUCUCUCUCUCUCGGAUAUAAUAUCUUAUAUAUAUAUAUAUAUAUAUAUAUAUAUAUAUAUCGUUCUCUCCCAGCAGUGGCAGAGCAGCCCAGUACGGUCCUCAGGCCUCAGCCCCUCCCCCCCACCUCGGUGCACCAGGGUGGGCUCGGCUCCUCAGCGGGGGCCCAGGAUGGUAGUUCGGGCUACUGCCUGUCUUCUGGACGCCAUGGCUUCUCCGGCUACUCGGAAAGCUUUGUGCCGCCCGGCCACUCCAACACAGUCAACCCCAGCAUCAGCAAUGGCCUCUCACCACAGGUCAGUCCACUGUUCACAGUCACGACUGUAGCUAAUAUAAUAAUAAUAUAUGACAUUUAGCAGCAGACUCUAUUAUCCAAAGAGACUUACUGUCAUGUGUUCAUACGUUUAGCUAGCAGCGCACACAGAAGUGCUUGCCUAUGUUCCUCUCUGCAACAUGUGGAUUCCAUAGUUUCAAUAAGACAUUUAGUAUAGGUUUUAUAUCAUUGGAAUGGAAAAACCCUGUUUAGCGGUUGGUUUUACAUAAUAUUCAGAAGGUAAGUCUAUAGACUAUCAGUAACAUUCAACAGCAUGUCUUAAGCCUUUCAGUAGCAUCUCAACAGUAAAUCUCAUCAUUUUCAACAAGGUAGUCAAUAUUCCAUCUAUAGAUGCUCUCAGAACCGGAUGUUUGUCAACAAUACAUGAUACUAAAUCAUUUCCAUUUAGCAAAAGGUCUCUUCUCAUUUGAAUAUGGAUCGCUUGCAUAUGAAUGUAUAAUGAAUAGAUAGGAGACAAUAGAAGAUGGAGGGAGUGUGAGAGAGGAUGAUAGAGCGAGAGGAAGAGUGGCAGACAGAAGAUGACACAAAUGAAAACUGAAAAGACAAUUAUGGCCGAUUUACACAGUCAUCAGUGUCCAUGGCGGGUUCUGUACACGGCGAGGGGGCCGUCCUAACAGGUGGAAAACAAGCUUUUAACUGCCACAAAGGAUGGCCAGGCCCCAUGCAAUGCAUGCUGGGUCCUCGCCUCAUGACAGAGAGAGGUUCACAGGCCUCCCAUCAGUGUCCUGCUUAGUGGAGAUAAACACAAACGCUUCAGGCACAUCUUCCUCUAUUUCUAUGACAAGGGGAACCCUGAGGGUGUGUGUGUGUUUGCUUGUCAUUUUCAUCAGCAAUGACAACCUGGUGAUCUGUGAAACCAUUUGGGAAAUGGAUGAUAAUUGUCUAUAACAUGUGAACAGCAUUAACCCAACUACAUUGGUUCCUCCACAACCUAGUGCUAAGUAGCCACAAGCCACCACUUGGUAAACACUAUUCCAUGUAUGGUUAGCUGUGAUUGGAGUAGACUUCACACACAGUAGAUGCUUUCUUCUCUACUAGGAGGCCAAAUCCAUUAGAUUACUUUUACUCUGCUUGGAGGCCAAAGGUGCUUCUCUCUCGUAGCUGUUUUCACCAUAAGCCUCCCUGAGACGGACUGGGCUUUCCUUAGAGAGAGUGGCCAUCUUAGCUUGCAUAGGGAGACACGCACGCAUGCAUGUGCAAGCACACAGCAGUAGAGGUGUGUGGGUAAAAUCACUGGGGAAGCCAAGCCAGGAGAAAAUUGCCAUAUUACAACCUAUGUGUAUAAUUGCGUUGUUUGGUCUAUAACCUUUUUGUUCAUAUGCCUUGCCACCGUGAUAUAUAGGCCUAAAGGCCGAGACAAUAAGAAGACACAGUGGCAGAAUAAAUUCAAUCACACCUGUGUUUCAUCAUAAAACUGGAGAGCAACCUCCAGUGAAGUCCACAAAGCAUAUUGCAUGUAACAAACAGUUACAUGACCUACAGCAAGUUAAUGUUUCCGACAUUUUCGGACUACUCAAAAACGAUUGAUUUUGAACCAUGGAGAGUUACCGCAAUUCGCAAAGAAAACAGGAGCUGCCUCCACUAUUCCAGCACCAUUUCAAUUUCAACAUUUCAACAUCAUCAAAUCACCUAUGCUUAGUCUAAUACAGUGACAACUAAAAGAUACCAAAAACAAUUUAGUCCAAUCAACGUAAGCUAAAUAUGAUGUGGCUGUCCAUGGCACUGAUUUAUGUGUGUGCGUGCGUGCGUGCUUGUAAGUAGAAGAAACAUGUUGACUCACACUACUUUUAGAGAAACGCCAAUGCCCUCCUCCUCCUCUCUUUAAUGUUGCUGAAACGGUCUAUGACUGUCAUACAGUACACGUUGACCUAGGCUACCUGGCUAAAAUGCUUGCUCGCUAGCCUAACUUCCUUUCAUGGGCAACGAUGAGCCAGCUAGUUAACAUUAGCCUACUACAUCUAGCUACAUAAUGCAUUUCCAUCCUCUAAGACAGGGUUCUUCAAUUCCGGUCCUGGAGGGCCGAAACAAUUCUGUUUUUUAUUUCUACCUGGUAGUUAAUUGCACUCACCUGGUGUUCCAGGUCUGAAUUAGCCCCUGAUUAGAAGGAGAGGAUGAAAAACAGAGGUGUUUCGGCCCUCCAGGACCGGAAUUGAAGAACCCUGCUCUAAGACAAGCGGCACAAUGUAUGAAUUUAUAAUUGGAUCAGAAUUGCCGUUAUAAUCAUUGGCCAGUACGGAGAAUUAAGUAAAACCACAAGUCCAAAUCCCUAUCUCCAUCCAUGGCUAAUUUAGGAAAGGGACAAUUUUAGGUAGCUACCAGAGGACAACACCACAACAAGAUGCAACAAUUCAUGUUUUUUCUGUAAAUGACGUUUGGCUUUUGGUUUGAUGUGAUUGGUGUGAAGCCAAAUCCAAACUGGCUUCCCUGACUGCAUCACUUCUUCUUUUUAUAAGAAACAUUAAUGUGCUGAAAAUCCCAAAUGGUUUGCAUAGUCAACUUACACACACACUUACCCCACCAGACAUGCCAUCAGAGGUCUUUUCACAGUCCCCAAAUCCAGAACAAAGUGUACAGUAUUAUAGAGAGCAAUUGGAACUCCUUUCCAACUCAUAUUACUCAAAUGAACAGCAAACUUGGUUUCAAAAAACAGAUAAAGCAACACCUCACAGCACAAUGCCUCUCCCCUAUUUGACCUAGAUAGUUUGUGUGUAUGUAUUGAUAUGUAGGCUACGUGUGCCAUUUUUAAAUUGAUGUAGUUCUGUCCUUGAGCUGUUCUUGUCUAUGAAUGUUCAGUAUUAUGUCAUGUUUCAUGUUUUGUGUGGACCCCAGGAAGAGUAGCUUCUGCUUUCGCAACAGCUAAUGGGGAUCCUAAUGAAAUACCAAAUACCCCUGACACUUGUUUUUGCUGCGCCAGGACCAUUCACAGAGGGGCGCUGUUUUGCUCGCUCACAUGCUUUCUCCGGUGAGAUACAUUCAGCCUCCUGCGAAUUGAAGGAACAUUAUGAAACAUAGACUAAAUAUAAAUUAUUAUAUAUUAUAUAUCUUGGUAGUUUUUUGGGGGAAGCCUGGCUUCCCUUGGCAUCCAUGAAUACAAGCCACUGGCACACACACACACACACACACACACACACACACACACACACACACACACAGUCAAAUGCACACAGUCAAACGCACACUUCUGGAAUGUUUGUGUCCAUAUGGAAUUGCAAUCAUGGUACGUUCCAGUGUGCUAAUUGAUUGCAAUGAAGGAAUCUAACCCUUAGUAAUGCGGUGUGUAAUUUAUGCAAAUGACUCACUUUGUUGACUAAUUUGUUUUAAUUAAUGUAUUCAUCUGCACUUUUUUAUGUAUACUGGAAUAUGCUCAUUUGCAUUUCAGACUGGAUGGCAUUUAUGUGAGGAUUUUAAAUUAAUACAAGAGAGGGAAUGCAAAUGAAUACAUUUUAUGACAUUAAUAGUGAGUGGAUGAAAACCUCUAAAACUUUACAAUUAGACCUACCAACAAAGCUCUGUAAUCUCUACACAGUAAAGCCUCGAUACUGUGGAUUGUUACAGUAUAUUGUUAUUUUGGGUUAUCUGAUCAUUAAACAGUGCUGAGUUAUUUGGGGCUUUAGUUAGUGAAAAACAGUUCCUGUGGUGUUUUUUGUAGCUCUGUGAAUGUUACGCUUUGGUUAUAUGGUGCUUUAACAGUAGUGUAUGAAUACGUCGCCACUGAGUUAGCCCUAUGCUAUGAGUAGUUCGGCCUAUGCCCUGAGUGGUAGUGCUUUGGUUGGUAGUAAAACAUAAAGGGAACUAUAUGACCAUUCUAGCCUGCCCCAGUAUACUGAGGGCUAGCUCCCUGUGGCGUGGGGUCUCAGGCGUCUGGCUAGCUGAUCCGAUGCAUACCAGAGGAAUCCGUUCUCACCAGCGCAGCGAGCGGUCAGGCUUUGCACACCGAUGAGACUUAAUCCCCGGAACCACCGAAAAACAGAGACACCGCCGGGGCUUCAAUCACAGAGCAGAAGGGCUGGAGAAAUACACACACUGGCAUACACUGGCUGAGACAAAUAUGUGCGCGCAUACACAAACAGUCUCAGACACACACAGGCAAUCACACACGCACACAUGUAAACACACAAAUGCAUGCACGCACGCACGCACGCACACACACACACACACACGCACGCACACACACAUACACACACACAUACACACACAAACAGUUUUUUUUUGAUCAGGUAGCCUUAUCAAAGGGAUUGUACACAGUUAUCUUUCCUCUAAUGCUUUCUCUAAUCUCAGCUCUGAGGACAUGUGUUAAAUACUCUCCCCAUGACAGCAGUACAACACAACAUGUCAUUCAGACCUAUAUGGUUUUGUUGUCUACGCCUGUCAACAUUUCCAGAAAAAAACCUUUCUGUAUACUUUCUCACCCUCAACCCACACACACGCACACGCACACGUACACGUACACGCACACGCACACGCACACGCACACGCACACGCACACGCACACACACACACACACACACACACACACACACACACACACACACUGUGAGAUGAAUGGGGUGUGUUGACCUCCAUAUGUUUCCCAUUUGUAGUCAGUCACACAUGAGCAUGUUCCUCAGACGCGUUAGGUUAGAUUCCUCUGACAGCACUCCUGUAAAUUACAUACCCUUAGACAGAUAGUGUGUGUGUGGCUGUCCGGCCUUGUGUGUGUGGACGUGUUUAACUAUACUUGUGGAGACCAGAAGCCCCCACAAGAAUAGUAAACAAACAAAAUUAGGGAAAAUAGGAUUUUGAAUGGGACUGAAUUGUGUGUCCCCACAAAGUUAGUUGUACACAAGACUGUGUGUGUGUGUCUGUGUGUGUCUGUGUGUGUGGCUGCCAGGUGGGUAAGCAACACCAUUAUCUUUCAAUCAUUCACCAUUAGCUCAGCAUUCUGACAUUUUCUCUGCCUCUUUUUAAACUCUAUUUUUUUCUCACAGUAUUGUCUCUCUCUCUCUCUCUCUCUCUCUCUCUCUCUCUCUCUCUCUCUCUCUCUCUCUCUCUCUCUCUCUCUCUCUCUCUCUCUCUCUCUCUCUCUCUCUCUCUCUUUCUCUGUCUAUCGGUCUCUUUCAUUCUCUUCUGUCUCUCACACUCCUGCCUAUCUCUCUCUUCUCUCUCUCCUCGCUCUCCUCUUUCUAAUUCCCCUUUCACUCCACCUAUUUUCCCCUUGUUUUGACGACAUCUCUUCUCACGCAAACUCUCAUGCAGCUGUUCACGAUGUAUCACCAAGGAGACCUCUUAACCCCUGACAUCAGAAACAAAAAGUGCCACACACACAUACACACACGCUUAUUGGAAAUGUGUCAAAGAAUCAUACUCCUUGUUCUCACGUACCCUGUGGCCUCUCCUUGUUGGCCCCACAAGGACACGGUGAAUUUGGGCAUCAAAUGAGAAAGCUGGAGAGAGAGGAAGGGAGGAAGGGAAAAGAGAGAGAGGGGUGGGGGUGGGGUGAAAGGGAGAGAGGGAUGGGUCUGUUUUUCUCCUUUACUAAACUGUCCAAACACAUAAAAGGUCAUUCAUAAAAGUAUACCAUACUGUUAAACACACCAUCUGUUUUAUCUAGCACACACUGAUGACAACAUCUAUCAAACAGUUAUUUACCAUAGGUUUUGUAUUGUGAAUGUCAUUUCAUAUCUUUAUGUCAUUUUUAUGUUUCAUGGUAGGCCAACUAUAAAUUGAACAUAGCAAUUAGGCUCCAUGAACAACCUUUUCAAUUCAAUUCUAUAGGAUACAGUAAAAAUUGCACAGAGUAAUUCUUGGGGGAAAAGGCUAGCUAGCAUGGAAGAUAAACGGAACUGUGCGGUCCCUAACCGACGCAGGCUCCCCUGUCCGUCCGUCAGUUAGGAAACGAUGUAACAGGAACCAUGUGUCUGGGUGAACACAGUAUAAUGUGUCUCUUAUGGUCACAACCAGGAGAGGACAGGAGGGGAGAGGAGAAGAGGAGAGAGGAUGAUAGGAGAGAAGAAAGAGAGGAAUAGAGAGAAGAUAGGAGAGGAGAAUAGAGGAGAGGAGAGAAGGGAAGAGGGGAGAUUAUUCUGCUAACUACCUGAUUUACAUUACACCAAGUUACAUAGUCAUCAUCAGCAGGAAAUAGGAAUCAAUAGGUAUGAUUUGGUUAGCCAAUGAAGAGUAGGUAUAAAUGUUAAAGGGCAACUCCGCCACUUUUCAACCUCAUAUUCAUUAUCUCCAGCACCAAACCAAUGUCUACAUACGUGAAAAUUGUGUUUCAAUGAUCUGUAGUUAAAAAGAUCAGAAUAAAUGCUUCUCUGUGACAUCACAGGGUAGGAUUAAAAGUAAAAUGACGCGGAGUUGCCUCAUAAAGUCUCAUAAAAGCAUAGCGUGAUUUUUAUAUAUUUUAUGGUUUUGUUUAUGUAAAGUUGAAUGUACAGUGAGGGAAAAAAGUAUUUGAUCCCCUGCUGAUUUUGUACGUUUGCCCACUGACAAAGAAAUGAUCAGUCUAUAAUUUUAAUGGUAGGUUUAUUAGAACAGUGAGAGUCAGAAUAACAACCAAAAAAUCCAGAAAAACGCAUGUCAAAAAUGUUAUAAAUUGAUUUAGCAUUUUAAUGAGGGAAAUAAGUAUUUGACCCCCUCUCAAUCAGAAAGAUUUUUGGCUCCCAGGUGUCUUUUAUACAGGUAACGAGCUGAGAUUAGGAGCACACUCUUAAAGGGAAUGCUCCUAAUCUCAGCUUGUUACCUGUAUAAAAGACACCUGUCCACAGAAGCAAUAAAUCAGAUUCCAAACUCUCCACCAUGGCCAAGACCAAAGAGCUCUCCAAGGAUGUCAGGGACAAGAUUGUAGACCUACACAAGGCUGGAAUGGGCUACAAGACCAUCGCCAAGCAGCUUGGUGAGAAGGUGACAACAGUUGGUGCGAUUAUUCGUAAAUGGAAGAAACACAAAAUAACUGUACAUCUCCCUCGGCCUGGGGCUCCAUGCAAGAUCUCACCUCGUGGAGUUGCAAUGAUCAUGAGAACGGUGAGGAAUCAGCCCAGAACUACACGAUAGGAUCUUGUCAAUGAUCUCAAGGCAGCUGGGACCAUAGUCACCAAGAAAACAAUUGGUAACACACUACGCUGUGAAGGACUGAAAUCCUGCAGCGCCCGCAAGGUCCCCCUGCUCAAGAAAGCACAUAUACAGGGCCUUCUGAAGUUUGCCAAUGAACAUCUGAAUGAUUCAGAGGAGAACUGGGUGAAAGUGUUGUGGUCAGAUGAGACCAAAAUCGAGCUCUUUGGGAUCAACUCAACUCGCCGUGUUUGGAGGAGGAGGAAUGCUGCCUAUGACCCAAGAACACCAUCCCCACCGUCAAACAUGGAGGUGGAAACAUUAUGCUUUGGGGGUGUUUUUCUGCUAAGGGGACGACUUCACCGCAUCAAAGGGAUGAUGGACGGGGCCAUGUACCUUCAAAUCUUGGGUGAGAACCUCCUUCCCUCAGCCAGGGCAUUGAAAAUGGGUCGUGGAUGGGUAUUCCAGCAUGACAAUGACCCAAAACACACGGCCAAGGCAUCAAAGGAGUGGCUCAAGAAGAAGCACAUUAAGGUCCUGGAGUUGCCUAGCCAGUCUCCAGACCUUAAUCCCAUAGAAAAUAUGUGAAGGGAGCUGAAGGUUCGAGUUGCCAAACGUCAGCCUCGAAACCUUAAUGACUUGGAGAAAAUCUGCAAAGAGGAGUGGAACAAAAUCCCUCCUGAGAUGUGUGCAAACCUGGUGGCCAACUACAAGAAACGUCUGACCUCUGUGAUUGCCAACAAGGGUUUUGCCACCAAGUACUAAGUAAUGUUUUGCAGAGGGGUCAAAUACUUAUUUCCCUCAUUAAAAUGCAAAUCAAUUUAUAACAUUUGUGACAUGCGUUUUUCUGGAUUUUGUUGUUGUUAUUCUUUCUCUCACUGUUCAAAUAAACCUACCUUUAAAAUUAUAGACUGAUCAUGUCUGUCAGUGGGCAAACGUACAAAAUCAGCAGGGGAUCAAAUACUUUUUUCCCUCACCGUAUGUAUAUUUUUUAUACAUUUUCCUUGUGUUACAUACAGGACUGCCUUCAAAGAAAGUCAGAAAUUAAAUAUGUUCUCACAAAUAUAUUCCUGGAAAAUGCAUUUAAUGAUUCUAGAGACUGACAUUUUCCUGAUGUGAACUGACAGAAUUUAUUUUAGGCCCAGUGGGGUUUAGUAACACAACUUUACUACUGUAGUAAAUUCACCGGCAGUCAAUUCCUGUUGUUCUUCCUCCAUCUUGAACUCUCCUCUUGUCUUCACUGACACAGCAUCUCCAAUCUGUACUGUGUGACUCUGUACAUACCCUAACUCGUGAUAUGAGUGCUCAAAUUGAACUUUCACGCAUAUGUCCUAGUGACAUGUAUGCAUGAUCUAUGCAAAAGUAUGUGUUACGUGUAAAGAAGUUACAUAUUACGUGUGCGUUUGUAUUAAUGGAUUAAGCCAUGUAAGGGCUGUACUUAUGUGUUCAUUUAUGCAUCAUCUGUAUGAGACAAAGUAUUAUUUUCUUUUACAUUUUCUUUUUUAUUCUACUCUACUCUACUCUAUCACACCACACUCCAUUCCAUUCUCUCCUCUGUCUCUCCAGGUGAUGGGGCUGUUGAACCCUGGAGGAGUGCCCCACCAGCCCAGCCACCAGAGUGACUUUGCCCUCUCUCCCCUGACCGGAGGGCUGGAGCCCGGGGUUGGCAUGGCGGCCAGCUGCCACGGCUCCCAGCGGGGCCUGGAGGGUCUGCCAGGCCUGACCAGCAUGCCCACCAUGCCCAGCUCCCAGUCCUACUGCCCACCCACCUACAGCUCACCAGCCUACGCCGUGGAACACCACCCCUCCUACCAGUACGGACAAUACGGACAGAGCAAGGUGGGUUUUUGAACUGGGAAUAUUAUGUACUAUUUAUUGCUGCACUGGCUGUGAUGGGUGAUUUGAAGGAGUCAGGCGCAGGAGGGUAAAUCACAGAAUAACAGGAUUUAUUCUGGAAUACAUAGUUACGCAGUAAAGCGUCAAAACAGUCCAGUGCGCAAAACAGGCGCACUGGAACCAACAAGGCACACAGGGAAAAAUAACCUGGUGAUACAAAAUACAAGGAGCUCCACCAAGCUUCACUAUCCUCACGGUAAACAAUCACACACAAAGACAAGGGGGCAGAGGGAACACUUAUACAGGUACUGAUGAGGGGAUAUGAACCAGGUGUGUGUAAUAAACAAGACAAAACAAAUGGAAUGAUGAGAUGAGGCGCGGCAGUGGCUAGAAGGCUGGUGACGACGAACGCCGAAGCCUGCCCGAACAAGGAGAGGAGGCAGCCUGGGAAGUCGUGACAAUAUCCCCCCCCCCCCCCCUUGACGCGCAGCUUCAGCAGGAGGACGCGGAGCAGGGCGAGCCGGAUGGCGACGGUGGAAAUCCCGCAACAGGGAGGGAUCGAGGAUAUCCCUCACCGGGACCCAGCACCGCUCCUCCGGACCGUACCUCUCCCAAUCCACGAGGUACUGAAGGCCUCGAAACCAGGAUGGAACAGACGGAGUACGCCAGGGCCCCCUCGAUGUCCAGAGGGGGCGGCGGGAUCUCCCGCACAUGGAACGAGGGGUUAAUACGGUAAUCUGGAGGGAAUAAUAACCUACAAGUAACCUUGUUUAUUCUACUCAGGACUUUGAACGGCCCCACAAACCGCGGGCUCAGCUUCCGACAGGGCAGUCGGAGGGGCAGAUUCCGGGUCGAGAGCCAGACCCGAUCACCCGGUACAAAGACCGGGGCCUCACUGCGGUGGCGGUCAGCGUUGGCCUUCUGGCGACACACGGUGCAUUGGAGGUGGAUGUGAGCAGCGUUCCACGUCUCCUCCGCGUGCUGAAACCAGUCAUCCACCGCAGGUGCCUCGGUCUGGCUCUGAUGCCAUGGUCCCAGAACUGGCUGAUAACCUAAAAUACAUUGGAAUGGCAUUAGGUUAGUGGAGGAGUGGCGGAGAGAGUUCUGGGCAUAUUCGGCCCAUGGCAAGAACACCGACCACUCCCCCGGCCGGUCCUGGCAGUAGGACCGCAGGAACCUACCCACAUCCUGAUUCACCCGUUCCACCUGCCCAUUAGACUCGGGGUGAAAACCAGAGGUCAGGCUGACUGAGACCCCCAGACGUUCCAUGAAAUCCUUCCAGACCCUGUAUGUGAACUGGGGACCCCGGUCAGACACUAUGUCCUCUGGCACCCCGUAGUGCCGGAAGACGUGUGUAAACAGGGCCUCUGCAGUCUGCAGGGCUGUGGAAGGAGGCGGCAGGCUUUGGAAAAGUGGUCCACAACCACCAGGAUGGUGGUGUUACCUUGAGAGAGGGGAAGAUCAGUAAGGAAGUCAAUACACAAGUGGGACCAUGGCCGUUGUGGAACUGGUAAGGGCUGUAACUUACCUGCUGGGAGGUGCCAAGGUGCCUUACGCUGGGCCCCUUCCAGGACGUCCUCUAGCAGCCAGCAGGUUGUCCAACUGGGUGGCCAUGUCCACCAGUUGAUCGAAGGACAACAUGGUGUCCCGGCAGGCUAGCUCCCUUCGGACGUCCUCUCAUAGAUGGCACUGAAAGUGGUCGAUUGAGGGCCCGCUCGUUCCACCCGGACCCAGCCGUUAGAGUCCGAAACUCCAGGGCAAAGUCCUGCGUGGUCCUCAUCCCUUGCCUCAGGUGGACCAGCUGCUCGCCCGCCUCUCUACCUUCGGGCGGGUGGUCGAAGACUGCCCGGAAGAGGCGAGCGAACUCCCUGUAGUUGUCCAAUGCAGCUCCUCCUUCACUCUAAACUGCGUUGGCCCACUCCAGGGCUUUCCUCGAGAGACAGGAGACGAGGGCGGACACCUUCUCCCACUCCGAUGGAGCCGGGCUGAUGUUCGAAUAAUAUAGCUCCAGUUGUAGGAGGAAUCUCUGGCAGAGAGCAGCUGUCCCGUCGAAAUCCCGUGGUCGGGAUAUAUGGAUCCCUCUGGGUGCUGGGGUGUGGGUGGCUGGAUCCGGUCACUCAGCUGGUCCCGACAGAUCGGGUUCUCUCCUCUCCAGGCGUUGGACGACCUGGAGAACCCGAUCCAUCGCUUCUCCCAAGCUGGCUAGCAUCGUCGAAUGCUCCCGGACCUGUGCCACAACUCCAGGCAUGUGCUCCUCUCCUGCUGACUCCAUGGCGGGUGUGUAAUUCUGUGAUGGGUGAUUUGAAGGAGUCAGGCGCAGGAGGGUAAAUCACAGAAUAACAGGAUUUAUUCCGGAAUACAGAGUUAUGCAGUAAAGCGUCAAAACAGUCCAGUGUGCAAAACAGGCGCACUGGAACCAACAAGGCACACAGAGAAAAAUAACCUGGCGAUACAAAAUACAAGGAGCUCCACUAUCCUCACACACAAAGACAAGGGGGCAGAGGGAACACUUAUACAGGUACUGAUGAGGGGAUAUGAACCAGGUAUGUGUAAUAAACAAGACAAAACAAAUGGAAUAAUGAGAUGAGGAGCGGCAGUGGCUAGAAGGCCGGUGACGACGAACGCCGAAGCCUGCCUGAACAAGGAGAGGAGGCAGCCUCGGAGGAAGUCGUGACACUGGGACUGUUAGUAACAUGUUUUAUUUUGUAUAUAUAUGUGUACUUGUGUGUAGUUAUUUCAGCCACUUCAUUGUUUGAAUGCAUCGAUUGUAAGUCAUUCAAAAAAUAAUUUCUAUUAAAAUACCUGUAUAAAAGACACAUUAUAUUAGCAUUAAAGGUAUACUAACUCCAUUCAUUUUUACAUAUAUCCGUAUACAGUCUCCUAUGAUUAAAGACCAUACUCAAGGUUUAGAUUUUCAGAAUCAUAACCCACGUUAAUUGCAAAGGCCAACAUGAUGAGUGAGCCUCUCGAAUCACGCUAUCAAAUCAGGCGGUGACAUUACACGUAUGUCAGAGACACGGCUAGUAGUCGAGGGGGCACUUCAGUUUACAUUACUAUUACCUGUGAGCAUUUACCCACAACAUAUAUCUACGUGGCCAGAUACAGAGGUAUGUCAGUGGGCCUCUCUCCCACAUAACCAUCAGCCUGUGACCUUCCACGACCCUGUGUCAUGAGCUGGACCAUCAAACCCUCCGCUCGUUCACCUAGCCAUGUAAUGACCCCUGGGUAACAAAGAUACCUCCCCAAAUCAAAGGAGCUGCUUCCCCAAAGCAUGUUUGACAGGCGGGGAAGAGUUAGUGGGGUGGGGGUGAGGGGCUGGGGAAGUACACUACCACAUGUUGACUGGCCCGUACCUGGCCCAUCAGUAGCGGCAUCUUGAUGUCAUUAAUUUGGGGAGGUCCACGCUCAGGACCAAUGUGCAGGCAGCUUGUGGGGGCAGGGGGUUGUUGGUAAGAGAGAGUUGGUUGGAAGGUAGGGUUGAGAGGGGGUCUUUUUAACGGGGAGCGAAAUGGCCUCUGGCAGGCAGGGAUUGGAACCAUGUGUCCCUGUGGAGGUCAGAUGCAGUCUGAGUUGUUAUUGAUCACUGGAGCAGAGCCACAUCCAGGACCAACGCAGCCAGGGCAGGCAGGCCCACUCUAACUCUCCCCAGUACAGUACAGCCCUGCCAAAGGGGAAAGCGCCAGAUCUGCCUCACACUCCUUGCCUCUCUUUAACUCCCUCACCCCCUCUCACCCUCUUCCUUACAUCCUCCGUUCACUCCACCUCUCACUGCUCUCUUCAACCCCUUCACCCAUCAGGCAUAAAGUUACCCUGGCACAGGAGGUAGAGACUGACAUGAAACCCAGUGGAGAAAGUGGAAACGCUUCUCGCUCUCUCUCUAAGCGAGAGAGAGCAGAGAGGAGGAAGAGGUAAGUAGAGCGAGGCGAGAUAGAGAGAGAGAGAGAGAGAUAUAUCUCUCUCCUCUCUCUAUCUCUCUCUCUAUCUCUCUAUCUCUUCUCUCUCUCUCAUCUCUCUCUCUCUCUCUCUCUCUCGCUCUCUCUCUCUCAGGUGCCUUUCAUUAUCUGAAGCCCCAACAUGUCCAGGACUGGAUGAGAUCUCUGGCCAACCUGACAGUCAACUCCGGAGAAAUCCCUCCUUCCCCCCCUUUCCUCCUCCUCUGCCUAUUCCCCACCCAGCCCCUGAGGAGAAGGGACAACCCCGAGAAAUGGACUGA